ACACAGUAGUCUCAUCUUGCUGCCUUUACUUUGGGAGACAUAGGCAAGAGGACAUCCGACCUAGGUCAAUCUGUUCUGUAGAUAGAGUUCCAGGACAGCCUCGAGUACACAGAAAAACCCUAUCCCAGAAAGAAAGAAUCAUCCUUCUAUCGUCUCUUAGUCUUCCUUCAAAGAAGAUGGUACUCACCAGGUCAAUGCAGGAACUGCAAAGGUAAAGGAGUCCUGUGCAUUUUGUCACUACUGGGGAGACUACAACUUCCUGAGCACCAGGCCAGAAGCUGAAGUUCUAUUUUGUAACUAUCAGGAGCCAGGACUGACUCUGGGACAUUUUGUGGCUUUUGGAUCUUCUAUACUUAUAUCAGUUGCUUUCAGAUCUAUCACAGUUAGAUACUUCCUGGCACCAAUCCUAAGACUGUAGUAGCUCUUGGAACUGAGUCACAACCACUGUCAGUCACUGUCUGCCAGGAGUCCCUCACCCGACUCCUGUGGUUGCCUUUUCCAUCAUGCCAAAGAAUAAAGGCAAAGGAGGCAAAAACAGGCGCAGAGGUAAAAAUGAAAAUGAAUCAGAGAAAAGAGAGUUGGUGUUUAAAGAAUAUGGGCAAGAGUAUGCCCAGGUGACCAAAAUGCUGGGAUGUGGACGGUUGGAAGCAAUGUGUUUUGAUGGUGUAAGGAGGCUGUGCCACAUAAGAGGGAAGUUGAGAAAAAAGGUUUGGAUAAAUACCUCAGACAUUAUAUUGAUUGGUCUACGAGACUAUCAAGAUAACAAAGCUGAUGUAAUCUUAAAGUACAAUCCAGAUGAAGCAAGAAGUCUGAAGGCCUAUGGAGAACUUCCAGAACAUGCCAAAAUCAAUGAAAUGGACACAUUUGGUCCUGGGGAUGAUGAUGAAAUCGUGUUUGAUGAUAUUGGAGAUGAAGAUGAAGACAUUGAUGACAUCUAACCUGACCUAAGCAUCCUACCUUCCAAGUUGUCUGAAGAUAGCUCAACACAAUUGGCAUCUUGACGUUCAGCUGUUAAGUAAAACUUCAUUUGGCAUGAGUGUGUUUUGUCAAUGCAAACUGAUGACUUUUAUGUUUUGAAGUAUUAUAUUUCUUUGAAAUCCUAAGACGUUGAGUUAUCUAUCUUAAGUGACAAGUUAACACUUUGUGCUUAUGGGUAUAAUUGAACUUUGGGCACAGCAGUGUGCACUGUUAAGGGACUGCCAUUCCAUUUGUGACCUUUCAUUUCUGGCCCUGGUUGUAUGCACUCGCUUGAUCCUUUAAGUUUUUUUCCACCCAUAAGUUGUUGCAUCUUACAGUGCAGUUUUUAAGUUAGAUGGGUAGCAAUUUUCAGUUUUAAAAAUUGGGCAUUGCAGAAAUUAAAUGCUUAGAGGAGAUGAUCAUUUUCUUGUGUUUAAAAAUAUAAUAGUUGACAAUGUUUAUAUAAAAUCUUGUAAGGCAUACUCAAAAAAAGAAUGAAAAUAAAAAAGAGAAAUAAAUCUCUUCUGAUUCUUGCAUAGAGAAAUUUUCAAAGCAGGUAGUUUUUAAGAGCACAUAAAGUAGUGUUUACUUUGUAAAGUAGGUCUCUUGUGUUAAUCUGUUUUCAAGAAGUUAGCUUCUGUAUUGAGGGUUUGGAAAAUGAAUUACUGUGUAUUGAGUAAAGUUAGUUACAUAAUUGUACAAGCUUAGUUUUCCUUAAACUAAGCUUAGGUUAAUGGAAAAGGAACCACAGCUUAAUGAAAAUGAUGUUACUGUUUUCUGAAUGGAGGAGUCCAGAAACAGAGACACAUUAAAAACAUGUUGGUAUAUGGACAUUUUUUUUUCUUUUUAAUGUGUUCAUUGUAUCUCUGUGUAUAAUGAAAAUAAAUGAUUACAUGACUUCUGAAAAAGAAAAAU